AUGGGGUGGUUGGGGGUGGGGGGGGGGGGGGGGGGGGGGGGGGGGGGGGGGGGGGGGGGGUGGGGGGGGGGGGGGGGGGGGUGGGGGGGGGGGGGGGGGGGGGGGGGGGGUGUGGGGGGGUGGGGGGGGGGGGGGGGGGGGGGGGGGGGGGGGGGGGUGGGGGGGGUGGUGGGGGGUGGGGUGGGGGGGUGGGGGGUUGGUGGGGGGGGUAAGGGGGUGUGGGGCGCGGGGGGGGGGAGAGAAAGUGUGGGUGAGGGUGUGGGGGGGGGGGGGGGGGGGGGUGGGGGAGUGGGGGGGGGUGGGGGGGGUUGUGGCAGGGGGGGGUGGUGGGUAUAUGAACUGAUCGGAGUUAAAGAACUAUCGACUUUUGGGGGGGGGGGGGGGGGGGGGGGGGGGGGGGGAGGUUCAGGGGGACCAUAA